AACCAAUAAAUGUGCUUGUGAAAAAAAAUUUAGUGCAGUUAAAAUGUUUAAAAUAUUGGUUCAAAGUUUGGCGAAAAACUCGUGUGAAAGCCGAGCACCGUCACAAAUUGCCGCCGUGACGUGUGUAAAAAAUUCAUUGAUUUUACCAGCGGCCAAGAAUCAUACAAUUGCCACGAGUACUAUAGCACGUCGCCAUUUUCUUUUUCUAACCAACAGAAAACCAGUGAGCUUUGCUUUUCAUCAUCAAGAUCUAACGGCAGGCAGCAGAAAGGACGUAUUCGCGGAGUAUAAGCAGAUUAAGAAAACAUUCUUAACAAAUUCAAGUGGAAUAACUAACUCCGGUGGCUUCUACAGGUAUUUUCACAAGUCGAGCGAAAAUUUAGUAGAAGGGGAAGCGUCGCCUGCAGAAAAGCAAAAGUUUUCGUUAAAAUCCAGCAACAAACACUCGUUUACAAAUUCAUCUUUGUAUAUAGAUCCAGACGAAAUGGCACCUCAUGAUAGGAACUUUGGCGGUCGUGGUGCACGUGGUGGAGAUGAUCGUCAUGCCAGACAGGGAGGUGGUGGCAUGCGCAAUGGAGGCGCUGGCGGUGGUGGAGGUGAUUUCCACGGUGUGCGGAACGGUCGUGUUGACAAGAAUCGUGGAGGUGGUGGUGGCGGACGUGGAGGUAGCGGAGGCUAUGGUGGCGGAAGUGGUUUCGGUGGUGGAUAUGGAGGAGGCAACCGUGGGGGUACCCAAGAUCUUACCCUCGGCAAUGUCGACUUUUCAAAUCUCACACCAUUCAAGAAGAAUUUUUAUGAGGAACACCCCAUUGUUGCAAACCGUUCCCCAUAUGAAGUACAACGUUAUAGGGACGAACAUGAAAUUACUAUCCGUGGAAAUGCCCCUAACCCAAUUCAAGACUUCAGCGAAGCUUAUUUUCCUGACUAUGUAAUGAAGGAAGUACGUCGUCAGGGUUAUAAGGCGCCAACAGCUAUUCAGGCACAAGGUUGGCCAAUUGCUAUGAGUGGUUCCAAUUUUGUCGGUAUUGCACAAACGGGAUCCGGCAAAACCCUAGGGUACAUCUUACCAGCGAUCGUACAUAUUAACAACCAGAAACCAUUAGAGCGGGGAGAUGGACCCAUAGCUUUGGUCUUGGCGCCUACACGAGAAUUGGCUCAACAGAUUCAACAAGUUGCCACUGAAUUUGGCUCUGCAUCGUACGUUCGAAACACAUGCGUUUUUGGUGGGGCUCCAAAAGGAGGUCAAAUGCGCGACUUGCAGCGUGGCUGUGAAAUCGUCAUUGCCACCCCAGGUCGUUUAAUUGAUUUUCUUGCAAUGAAUGCCACCAACUUGAAGCGUUGUACAUAUUUGGUAUUGGAUGAGGCUGAUCGUAUGUUAGAUAUGGGUUUUGAGCCCCAAAUACGCAAGAUUCUGUCACAGAUUCGCCCUGAUCGCCAGACACUUAUGUGGUCUGCCACUUGGCCUAAAGAAGUUAAGCAGUUGGCUGAAGAUUUUCUCGGCAACUACAUUCAAAUAAACAUUGGUUCUCUGGAAUUAUCGGCAAAUCACAAUAUCCGCCAAGUCGUUGACGUUUGUGAAGAACAUGACAAGGAAGACAAAUUAAAGUCUUUGCUUUCGGAAAUUUAUGAUACCAGCGAAAACCCAGGCAAGAUCAUAAUCUUUGUGGAGACCAAACGUCGCGUAGACAACUUAGUUCGCUUCAUUCGUAGCUUCGGUGUGCGCUGCGGCGCCAUUCACGGUGACAAGUCACAGUCGGAACGUGAUUACGUCUUACGUGAAUUCCGAUCUGGAAAGUCGAACAUUCUGGUAGCAACUGAUGUCGCUGCGCGUGGUUUGGAUGUGGACGGUAUCAAAUAUGUGAUUAACUUCGAUUACCCGCAAUCGUCAGAGGAUUAUAUUCAUAGAAUCGGACGUACAGGACGUUCCAACACAAAAGGCACUUCAUAUGCAUUCUUCACCAAAAAUAAUGCCAAACAGUCGAGAGCGCUGGUUGAUGUUUUACGAGAGGCUAAUCAGGAAAUUAAUCCUGCGCUAGAAGGUAUGGCACGUAAUAACCGUGGAUUUGAUGGCGGCCGUUCCCGUUAUGGUGGUGGUGGCGGCAACUCUCGCUUCAAUGGCACCUUCCGAAAAGGUGCUAUCGGAGGCGGCGGUAAUGGCGGUGGCCGCGGCUACGGUGGCGGUUAUGGCGGCAACAGCGGCGGAGGAUUUGCCGGCGGUCGCAGCAACGGUUACAGCAAUAACAAUGGCAACAGCGGCGAAAACAGUUACGGUAACCGCAACGCAGCCAGCAGUAGUAGUGGCGGCGGCAGACAGCAUACGCGUUUUGAUUAAAUUUACAAAUAAUGCUAGGUUAUAAGUUAUUAAUAUUAAUUUCUCAUUUAAAUGCAGUUUUACUUAAAUAUAACAAUUAACGUUAAACCAAAAGCCAAUUCUACAAUCACGUGAAAGUGCUUGCUGUGUUGGAGUUUCUGGUUUGAACACAAAUUACGCUAAACCUAGCCAAUAAUAAAUAGUGAGAUUUAAGUCAGUUUACGUUUUAUAUGUUUUACAAAUCUAAAUCUGCAUUUCUCUAAAUAACAAACAAGCUUAAAUUAUUUGAAAUCAUAAGUAAAUGCUCUUCAAUUUUCCUUUGAUAUUUUCUGUUUGCCCAUCAAUUAAUUGAGUAUGUGCUUUUGCAAAAGGAAUUUGUGAUCAAAAAAACUUAUUUAUAUUUAUACUAAUUUUGCCCUGUAUAAAACGCGUAUUUGCACUCCAAAUGUAGCCUAAAUAUCGUCAUACAUAGCGUCUAUUGUAUGUGUAGUCCUAAGUUAGCUUCAUCUAUCCAUGCGCCCAACAAUGCGACUGGCGCAAACUAUCAGUAUCUCUUUAAUACAAUAACAACAACAGCACAUUUUUAUAAUCUGUGCGUCCAGACUUCAAUUGACAUUUACAAGAAAAUGUAAAAAAA